GGCGUAGGAGCCAGGCUCCACCCAGGGUCAGAUUCCCAGGAAUGACCUUGAGUCACCGCCCCUGGCCACGGCCCAGAAAAGAGGAAGCCGCAGGCCCAGCUCCUGGCAUUGUCCUCCCCACACACAGCCCUGGCUGCCACCAAAGCCAUUGGAUUCCUGCACUUCUGCCUCUGGGCCUCAGUUUCCCUUCCCAAGCAAUGGCAGGACGAGGCUCCGGGGUCUCCCGGCUGGCCUUUGAUGGCUGGGAGUCUAAGGACUUCCCUCGGGUGAGCCCUCGCUUCCUCCGAGCCUGGCACCCCUCGCCUGCUGCAGCUAGGAUGCCAACCCGGCGCUGGGCCCCUGGGACCCAAUGUAUGACCAAGUGUGAGAACUCGCGCCCCAAGCCGGGUGAGCUGGCCUUCCGCAAGGGUGACAUGGUGACCAUCUUGGAGGCCUGUGAGGACAAGAGCUGGUACCGCGCCAAGCACCAUGGCAGCGGGCAGGAGGGGCUGCUGGCGGCCGCCGCGCUGCGGCAGCGGGAGGCCCUCUCUGCAGACCCCAAGCUCAGUCUCAUGCCAUGGUUCCACGGCAAGAUCUCCGGCCAGGAAGCUGUGCAGCAGCUGCAGCCGCCGGAGGACGGGUUGUUCCUCGUGCGGGAAUCGGCCCGUCACCCCGGAGACUACGUCCUGUGCGUCAGUUUCGGCCGAGAUGUCAUCCACUACCGCGUCCUGCAUCGAGAUGGCCACCUCACCAUCGACGAGGCCGUGUGCUUCUGUAAUCUGAUGGACAUGGUGGAGCAUUACACCAAGGACAAGGGGGCCAUCUGCACCAAGCUGGUGAAGCCAAAGAGGAAACAGGGCGCCAAGUCAGCCGAGGAGGAGCUUGCAAAGGCGGGCUGGCUACUCGACCUGCAUCACCUGACUCUGGGAGCCCAGAUCGGAGAGGGGGAGUUCGGAGCCGUCCUGCAGGGUGAGUACCUGGGGCAGAAGGUGGCCGUGAAGAAUAUCAAGUGUGAUGUGACAGCCCAGGCCUUCCUGGAUGAGACGGCUGUGAUGACAAAGCUACAGCACAGAAACCUGGUACGACUCCUGGGCGUGAUCCUGCACCACGGCUUGUACAUUGUCAUGGAGCACGUGAGCAAGGGCAACCUGGUGAACUUCCUGCGCACGCGGGGCCGCGCCCUCGUGAGCACGUCUCAGCUCCUGCACUUUUCUCUGCAUGUUGCUGAGGGUAUGGAGUACCUAGAGAGCAAGAAGCUGGUACACCGGGACCUGGCUGCUCGCAACAUCCUGGUCUCUGAGGACCUGGUGGCCAAGGUCAGUGACUUUGGCCUAGCCAAGGCUGAGCGGAAGGGGCUGGACUCAAGCCGGCUGCCAGUCAAGUGGUCGGCGCCUGAGGCUCUCAAGAAUGGGCGGUUUUCCAGCAAAUCGGACGUCUGGAGUUUUGGGGUGCUGCUGUGGGAAGUCUUCUCAUACGGAAGAGCUCCAUACCCCAAGAUGUCGCUGAAGGAGGUUUCAGAGGCCGUGGAGAAGGGUUACCGCAUGGAGCCCCCCGACGGCUGCCCGGGACCUGUGCACACCCUCAUGGGCAGCUGCUGGGAGGCAGAGCCUGCGCGCAGACCGCCCUUCCGCAAAAUAGCAGAGAAGCUGGGCCGUGAGCUCCGCAGCGUGGGCGCCGCGGCUCCCCUUGGGGGACAGGAAGCUGAGGGCUCAGCUCUCCCACGGAGCCAGGAACCCUGACCCCUGAAGCAAGAGG